GAGAAAGAAGCCGGACAUUAACCUGACCCACUAACAGGAUGAAGUGCAUUGUGGUCCUGCUGGUUUGCAUCUCCAUUGGGUGGGUCCAUUCCUGCAACGUCCUGCCCGGAGCAAUUAAUUUGGCAAAGUCGGGGGACGCCAAGCAAAGCUCCACAUACGCCCCUCGGUACAGCGCCCAAGCAGCGGCCGAUGGCAAUAGGGCAACCAAUCUCCUCACAGCCCCCUGUGCCAGCACUGCUUAUGACAAUCCCGCUUGGUGGCAGGUGGACCUGAAGAAGACCUACAGCGUUGACACUGUGGUGAUAGUGAACAGAGGGGACUGCUGCCGAGAGCGCCUGAGAGGAGCCGAGAUUCGCGUUGGAAAUUCCCCAGAUAAUAACAACCCAGUAUGCGGCAUCAUCAACGACUUCUCAAACCUCAUUACCACUCUGUGCUGUGACGGGAAGGAGGGCCGCUAUGUGAGUGUGGUGAUUCCCGGGCGGAAUGAAUAUCUCAAUCUCUGUGAAUUGGAGGUUUAUGGGCAGGAAGUUAAAGCUGUGGCAGGUAAUGUGGCAUUAUUGGGAGUGGCCACACAGAGCUCCAAUUACAGAUCCGAGUAUGGCGCCAGUAACGCUAAUGACGGCAACAAGAACGCAAAUAUGAUGAAGGGCUCGUGUUCCCUCACCGGUAGCGACAACCCGGCUUGGUGGCAGCUGGACCUGAAGAAGCCAUACAGCGUGGAGAAAGUGGUGAUAGUGAACAGAGGGGACUGCUGCUGGGAGCGUCUGCAAGGGGCCGAGGUCCGCGUUGGAAGUUCAACCAAUAAUAAGAACCCAGUAUGUGGCACCGUAACUGACACCUCCCAAGGGACCAUCACCCUGUCCUGUAACGGGAUGGAGGGCCGCUACGUGAGCGUGGUGAUUCCCAGGAGGGCGGAAACUCUCCAGCUCUGUGAAGUGGAGGUUUAUGGGGUAGAAGCUGCAGUGAACGUGGCCGGAUCGGGAGAAGCCACACAGAGCUCAACUUACGGCCCCAUGUACAACGCCGCCACCGCCAUCGAUGGUAAUACCAACUCAAAUAUGAUGGCGGGAUCAUGUUCCCACACCGGUAAUGACAACCCGGCUUGGUGGCAGCUGGACCUGAAGAAGCCGUACCGCGUGGAGAAAGUGCUGAUAGUGAACAGAGGGGACUGCUGCGGGGAGCGCCUGUUGGGGGCCGAGGUCCGCGUUGGGAGUUCAUCAUCCCGUGACAACCCAGUAUGCGGCGUUGUCACCGACGUCUCUAAACCGACCAUCACCCUGUCCUGUAACGGGAUGGGGGGCCGCUACGUGAGCGUGGUGAUUCCCGGGAGGCCGGAAACUCUCCAGCUCUGUGAAGUGGAGGUUUAUGCGAAAAUCUGAACAAAAACUCAUUUCCUGGAAUGUCUCACAUUUAUUAUAAAAAGGAAAACUCAACCUUUUAGAAUUAAUCACAAUAAACAGACAAUGAAUAAAUUGAUAUGAAUUCAUGAA